AUGUGUGCGCUUUGCACGUCUUUCUUCAAUUUACCAAAAAAUGCCUUAGCGGCUGGCACUGGAAGUGGUGACCGUGGUGAUCGGGGUGGUGCUGGGGGCUUCUACUCUGGUUCAGACACUGCAGGUGGUCCAGACGGAGAUUACUAUGGUUCAGGAACCAUAGAUGGUCCUGGAGGAGCAUACUCUGGUUCAGGAACUAUAGGUGGUCCUGAAGGAUCAUACUCUGGUUCUGGAAAUGUAGAUGGUCCUGGAAGAGUUUACUCUGGCUCUGGUAGUGCAGGUGGUUUAGGAGAACCUAACGUUCAACAGGAUGAUGCAAAGAACAAAAUUGACAAGAGCAGUAGUGCUGGGUAA